AUGAAUGGCAAAGAUCUGUCUCCGGGCGUGACCCUAAAUGAGGCUGUGAUGGGAAUGAUGGACGGUGAUGAAAUUCAGAAUGAUGAGCCAAAGGCACCUGAGAUGGCUACAUCUAGCUGGGCGGACAAAGUGGAGGCAGGAGAUUUUCAGGCAUCGACUCAAAAUCAUUGGCAACAAUUUACAUCGGGUAAGCUUUCCUUUUGUGAUCAGAAACUUGAAUAUGUUGAACCAUUGGUUAAAGAUGGUAAGAGGAUUGCUCUAAUUGAUAUUGAUGAAGUGAAAAGCCAAUCGGCUAACUGGAGUUCUGCUGUCAUUUGUAUGGUUCUUGGAGCAAAUCCUCCAAUGGCUGUGUUUGAAGGAUUUAUCAAGAGGGUUUGGGGUCAUCUAGGGAUUGCUCAAAUUGCUAGGAUGACAAUGGGUCUGAUUAUGGUCAAGUUUAAUGAUGAGGCUACUCGAGACCUUGUUUUGGAAAAUGGUAUCCUUCAUUUCGACAGAAAACCAGUGAUUAUUCUCCCAUGGACAACUAAUUUAAGUGCUAUUCGUAUGAUCCGCUCAGUGCCUCUGUGGAUUAGAUUGCAUGAUCUAGGCCUUCAAUAUUGGGGAAGCAAAUGCCUUAGUGCACUAGUUAGUACAAUAGGCAAACCAAUAAUGGUAGAUAAGUUUACUCGAGAGAGAUCUAGAGUUCAGUUUGCUAGGAUCCUGGUGGAGGUUGAAAUCACAGACAACCCUCCUCAGAUUAUUCAUUAUUGGAAUGAGCAAGGUCAGCUAGCGGAGCAAGGGGUGGACUAUGAAUGGUUGCCUGUCAAAUGUAAAAUGUGUGAUGGUUAUGGUCAUGCUAUGGCUGAAUGUCGCAAGGAGAUGAAGACUCAAUGGGUUAAGAAGGAUAAUUUCCCCAGAACCUCUCCUGAGGAAGGACGUAAUAAGGAAGAACAAAAUUUGGAUGUAAUACCAGCUUUGCCUAAGGAGUUGGCUGAAGGCUCUACUGCAGCAGAGGGACAGAGUUCUAGAGAUAAGGAGUUGGCUGGAGGACCUAAUGCAGCAGAGAGCCAGAGUACUAGAGAUAAGGGGCAAUCCCCUAAGAAAUUGGGUCAUUUGAAUAAACAAGGGCAAACAGGGAGCAACAGUAAGAAAGUAAGCAAAUAUGUGGAAACAGGACAAAUGCUAACAAAUCAUUUUGAGGUGCUUCAGGAGCAGUUAGAGGGGGAGAAAGGAGGACGGGUAAAAUUAGAUCUUCUGAUGGAUAACUGUAAUAUCUUGAGCUGGAAUAUUAGGGGAUUGAAUAGUCCGAAAAAACAUGUAGCUGUGUUAGAUAUUUGUAGUAGGAAUAAAGUAGGGGUUGGAGCUAUAUUGGAGACUAAAAUGAAGGGGAAUAAAGUAAGGGAAUUGAUGACUAAUAAAUUUAGGAACUGGGAUUUUUACACUAGUCCUGUUACGGAAGGAAGAAUUUUGAUCAUAUGGAGGAAGAUAUUUUUCAAGGUCAGUGUUCUAGAAGAGACUAAUCAAUUUGUUCACUAUCAUAUUAAAAUGGCAGGUCAAAAACACUCAUUUAGUGCUACAUUUGUUUAUGGUCUAAAUACUUUGGAGGAAAGGAAGGUCUUAUGGCAAAUUUUAUCAAAGCUUGCUCUUCCAGACUCUUCAUGGAUUAUCUUAGGAGAUUUUAAUGCAAUUUUUACAGCAAUGGAUAGAAGUGGAGGUAAGCCUGUGUCUAAAGUGGAACUCUUGGAUUCUUCUCAGUGGCUUGCUGGGAAUCAUCUGGACGCGCUUAAAAGCACUGGCUCUUUCUUCACUUGGACUAAUAAUCAAGAUGGGUCUGCUCGCAUAUAUUCUAAGAUAGACCAUGUUUUUGCUAAUGAGGAGUGGCUGGAUUUAUUUCCUAAUACAACAACCAUGUUCAAUUGGGAAACAAUUUCAGACCACUGCUCUUGUACUAUUUCUGUGCUGGCUGUGGAGAACUUGGGUGUUAAGCUGUUUCAUUUUUAUAAUUUCUGGACUAAUCAUGUUGAUUUUAAAGAGAUGGUUUUAGAAAGUUGGACGAAGCCGAUUAAGGGGACAGGUUUGAAGGCCAUCUAUUUGAAGACAAUGCGGCUGAAACAUAAGCUGAAGAGAUUUAAUUGGGAUCAUAUUGGAGACAUAGGAGUUCAUUAUCAAAAAGCUAAAGAUCAAUAUCAGGAAGCACUGUUUCUUGCUCAACAUCAUCCUUGUGACUUUAAUGUACAAGAUAAAGCUAAGGCAGCUGCACAUACUUUCAGAAUUCAGGAGCAUAUGUAUCACAAGUUUUUGGCUCAAAGAAGUAAGAUAACUUGGUUAAGGAAGGGUGACAUGAAUACAACCUAUUUUCAUGCUUGUUUGAAAAAGCGCAAGGAGGCAAAUAGAAUAGCUACUUACAUAUCUGAACAAGGUAGGGUGGUGGAUAAUUUUUCUGAAGUGGUUUCUCAUUUUCUGAAUCAUUUCAGAGGUAUAAUGGGAAGUCCUAGUUUAGCUUCUAAGCAGUUAAAUAGACAGUGUGUUGAGAUGGGAUCUAAGCUCUCAAUAGACCAGCAGCUCUUUUUGUUGAAGCCUUUCACUCAUAAGGAAAUACGAGAUGUAAUUUUUAGUAUUCCUAAUAUCAAAUCCUCAGGCCCAGAUGGUUAUGGUUCAGCCUUUUUUAAGGUGUUGUGGCAGGAAAUUGGUAGUGAAGUUUGUAGAGCAGUAGGUCAGUUCUUUGACACAAGCAUUAUUCCAGAGGAGCUGCUGAAUACUACCCUGUCUUUGGUCCCUAAAGUUGACAACCCUACUCGGGCAGUGGAUUACAGGCCCAUUGCUUAUGACCUUCUGUUAUUUUGUAAAGGAUCUCUUUCAGCUGUUAAAGUGAUAAAGAGUGUGAUUGGGGAGUUCAGUUCUGUGACAGGGCUUCAAAUCAAUGAGAGUAAAUCUCAGAUUUACUUUGGGGGAGUUUCUGUUGUUGAUAAACAACAGAUUGCUGCUGAGAUAAAUCUGCACUUAUCUUUCGCUGGUAGAAUGCAACUUAUCCAUUCAGUUCUAUUUGGGCUGAGGAACUAUUGGAUGAGUAUAUUUGUUCUUCCCCAAAGCAUAAUUAAGGAAGUUGAAAAACUUUGUCGUGGUUUUCUCUGGGGAGUCAAUGGCAAUAGGAGCAAGAUACAUAUGGCUUCUUGGGAGAAGGUUUGUCUGCCAAAAGCUUUUGGUGGUCUAGGGUUCAGAAAUGGUUUGGUUUGGAACUAUGCCAUCUUAGCUAAGUAUAUAUGGGCUAUCUCUGAGAAGCAUGAUAUGCUGUGGGUUAAAUGGAUAAACUCAAUCUAUUUGAAAAGCUCAAACAUCUGGUCUUAUAAGUUGCCUCCGGAUACUAGCUGGUAUUGGAGGAAAUUAUGUAAAUUGAGAGGUAAAUUCUGCUGUGAUGAUAUUAAAACUGCUGGUAUAUCUGGAAAGUUUCAAUCAUCAAAACUAUACAACAGUACUCUUAGCCAACAACAGGUUGGUUAUCAUCGAGCUGUAUGGUGUAGAUUGUCUAUUCCUAAGGAUAGAUUUUUGUUAUGGCAAGUAGUCAACUCUCAGCUGCUUACUCGUGACAAUAUCCUCCGAUUCAGUGUGCCACUUGACUCCCUUAUGUGCCCUGUUUGUGGUAGAUAUGCUGAAAGUCAUUCCCAUCUUUUCUUUGCCUGUAUUCUCCUGUAUUCUUUCCAAAUAGAUUAUGGGCCUUAUAUUUGA